AAAUAGUUUUGGUGGGUAGAUAGGUCAAAUUAGGUAAGCAAAAAAUGACAAGUGUUCAAAUAAUUGCACUAGCACUUUAGACAUAACAUGCAAAGUAUCCCCACUCCCACUGCUACGGCCACCGACACAAUGGAAAAAGGGAAAAUCCAGAGAUGAAGCAGAAUCAAAGUCCCCAAAUUCACAAAAAUUUCGAAGAUCCAAAAAUGGAUGACUUGAGAUGUAAGUCAUAUAACGAUUCCAGAAGACAAAUUGAAAGCUACAGCUAUUCUACUGAUUUUGGUAAUGGUUACAGUGAAACCAGCUCAAACCCAACUGGGUUUCGAUGUUAUAGUGCUUCAUAUGCAUCUAAUAACACUCAGAUGGAGUUGUCGAAGGAAGUGAAGUUUAAGAAAGGCAAGUCAAGUAAUGGGUCAGUUUCUAAGAGCUGGAGUUUCAAUGACCCAGAGUUGCAGAGGAAGAAGAGAGUGGCUAGCUAUAAGGUUUACACUGUUGAAGGAAAGGUUAAGGGAUCGAUAAAAAAGAGUUUUCGUUGGAUUAAAGAGAGGUGUACCAAAGUAGUCUAUGGCUGGACCUGAUCCAGAAUUUUCAAUGUUUUCACUAGGGGAGUUGCCUUGAAUGCAUAAAAGUGGAAGCAAUAACAAGAAUAUUUCUACUAAGUGCACUUACCAAGCACUACAACCAAUAGAAAAGGUUAAGAGGGGCAGAUCAAGAGUUGUGGAGGGAUUUUUCAGUUAUCCAAAAGGAAGCAGCA